AAUUAACACACUCUCUACUCAGCUUAAUAGAUAUAGGCGUAGAAGUCGCUACCUCGAUAAUACCUGUAAUGACCUUCAAUCUCAAUUAAAAUAUAUACAGAGCGAAGUUGAACGAUUGCAAGGAUUAAAUGAUGUCCAAAGAACUAUGGACCUUCAGAGAGAAGUGAAUCAACUUCGACGAAAUUACGAACGGAGAGAUGUCGUAAGACUUUUUGUCGUCAUAGAACUUGCGUAUGCUGAAAGGCGUCGUAAGGCAUUUUUGCCGUUCUAUAGACUUGCGCUCUCUCUCUUUCUCUUCUUAGCUAGUAAUA